UUGAACCUUCUCUUCUCAUCAGCAACUAUCCAUUCAUCAAUCCCAAUUCAAAACUACGCCGCAAAUUUCGGCCUCCAUCCCUCAUCACGGUCCUCCCUCCUGAUUACCCGCAGAGGAAGCAGAAUCAUACAGCCAUGUCUCAAACCAAGACCAAGGACAAGCAACAGAACCUCGACUCCACUGACGAGAUGUCGGAGGAUGGCGAUAACAACGACCAACAACUGGCAGCACCCACCGCUCCUCAACCAAUGGCCAAGCCCCGCGGAGGCUCCAAGCGAAUCGUCCCGGUGCACCAAUCGCGCAUUGCGGACCGCCCCGCCAAAGUCGGCGAGAAAGACUCGUCACUGAAGAUCAAGAUCGAGCUGGACUUGGAAGUUGAGGUAGAAAUUUAUGCCCGCGUGAAGGGCGACAUCACGAUCGGACUUAUGUAGAUAUGUAAGUCCUGCAUCAUGAGUGUCGUGCUAGCGCACCCUUUGGUGUGGACC